GUUCACGCAGACGCAUCCAAUUUUGUUGAAGGCGUUACGAAAGAGGAGGCAUACGAACAGGUUUUGCUUCAAGCCGAGGGCCUGUUCCAUGGCCAGCGCAACUGGUUGCUGAAUGGUAUCGACAGUAAUCUCGCAAAUGCCGCUUCACUACUGUGGCAUGCCUACAAAUCUUUGCCUGCCCCAAGCAAGGAAGUCAAUUGGGCUGGAUUUUAUGUGAGAGACCUGUCGUCAUCAACGCCUCAGCUUAUUCUUGGUCCCUUUCAGGGCAAAGUCGCAUGCCAGACGAUUGCGUUUGGUCGGGGUGUCUGCGGCGCAGCCGCCGAGUCACAGUCUACUCAGCUGGUAAAGGAUGUGGAACAGUUCCCGGGGCAUAUAGCCUGUGAUGGCGACAGUAAGAGCGAGAUCGUUGUCCCCAUCAUUGCCGGCGAGUCAAAGACAGUCGUGGCCAUUAUUGACAUUGACUGUGCCGAGCUGAAUGGGUUUGAUGAGGUGGACAAGAAGCAUUUGGAAGAUCUUGCCGCUUUACUUGCCAAGAGCUGCGAUUGGUAG